ACUAGCGGUUGCAGCAGACCUGCCGAGGUUAACAAAUCGGGGACCCCGGGAACGGUGGUCUUGGGGACUGUGUGGAUAAACAAUCUCGUAUUGUGUGUGUUCUUUGCGUGCGACUCAGUUUGAACAUGUCUUAAGUGGAGUCAUCUCCAUACAGGCCCAUUUCCCCCUCCACAACCACUACUUGUAGAUUCACUUUAGUUUAUAUCAUACAUCAGACAAGAUAUGUCUACCGCCCACCCUACCCUUGUUUCUAGUACUGGCUGAUUCUAUUCCCUUGUAGCAAAAUAAAUUUUUUUAAAAACUGCAUCCAAAGUAAAGCCUGUUGAUUACGCAUGGCUUGUCAAAAUUUGGAUCGCAGGUUUCGUGGAACCGAGUGUGUUAUUAGCCAAUCUGUGCUGUGGUCGUGAUUACACUUAUUAGCAUUGCAACGAGAAGAUUCAGUGCGCGUUUCUGGCUGUAGAGAUCUCUGCAAGUUCCGAAGCUGGCAGGGGCUGGAGUGCUGCUUAGGUAGGUCCUUGGAAAAGGGUGUGGCGAGAAGAACUCCAGGAGAUCGGAUAAGGAAGGAAACCCACUGAAACAAGAAUUCACCUGUGCUACGGUAGAAGUAGCAACAAAAUAUCAGAAUCUGUGGACAUCUGGAAGUGUUUCUUCCUUUGACUGCGUGGACUGGCAAUCUGAGUUCCUAGAAACAGCCUUGGGGGAAACCCCCAUCUGGAGGACAGAGACCUUCCUUGCCCAGUUUACUAGGUGGAUUUUCUUUCUCAAUUCUCCAAUCUGUUCUGGGAUGAUGAUGAUGAUGAUGAUACUGUUAGCGAUUGCUGGAAUAGAGAUUACCUCCAAAAAACUCAUUUUCUGAAACUUUUUUUUUAUAGUUAACACUUUGAAUUUCCAAAAUAACAAAAUUCUACCUUUGAAGAUUUUAACUUUUUUCAUAAUUACUUGGUUAUCCCAAAAGCCUGUGCUGAAGGUUGACCUGCAGUUUUACUGUCAAGUGGAAUUAAGAGCCUGCUUCUCCUUUCCCAUACCCUGAAGAAAAGCCUUGGAAGAGCCCAGCCACCGUGUUCACGUUUUCUAAGCAUUCGCUUUCUAUAUAUAAUGACGUAAACAGUAUUAAACAAUGAAUGAGCUUUUCUAUGCUGUCAUGUCUUUGCACACCAAGACAAACACUAACUGUAAGAUUAUCCUGAUCCAAGAAGUUGACAACAUUGAAUUUUGUAAACUCCAAAAUUAUGGAAUUCGAGAGAAUGGAUUUUGGCGCCUGUUUUAUGUUGCCAACAUUUGAUGUAGUUUUCUGAUGUGAAAAUCAAACCUAAAUUUUUCAUCUUCAUUAACCCUCCCAGUUUACUUCCUACCCCGGAGUCCUCAAUUUAAUUGGUGUUUAUCUAAUCUUGUAUAAAUGUUCCUGAACUCUGCUUUCUUUCACACUGCUGCUUGAGACCUUUUUCCCCUGGUACUGUCUUAUGAGUCAGCUACCAUGGAACCCUGAGCCACCAUUCAGGGCCCGCCAAUCUGCCCGGCCUGUGACUAGUCCAUAGUAGUUCUCGGUUUCUGGACUUCCCUACAUAUUGGUGACCUGGACUUGUGUUCAGGGCUCACUCACUCUUCCCAUGAGCAUCUGGUCUUUGUUUUGAGAAAGUUCCAGUAGUAGCAGGUAUGACCCUAAUACAAAAAGCCUGCACAUCUGUGUUGACCUGCCUUAAGGAACAUUCCCUGAUUUUACUUUUCCAAACCAUUUUUAAAAAUCUACUAGUUUUUCACAGCAGUCAGGAAAUAACUUUUCAUACCUAGUAAAAAGUUCAGUCAGCUCCCACACCAGUAAGAUACUGAUUAAUUCUGUCUCAUCAGUUUUAAUGUUCUCAAGGAGGAAAACCUGUUUAUGAGUCUCUGAGCCUGCCUUUACUUACGUUUAAAAGUGUAUUGGUGUUUGACCAAUACACUUUUAGUGGCUGUAUCAUGAGACUAAAUAUGGAUGUUGUUGGACUGGGAAGGAAGAGGGCAUUAUUUCUCAAGAAUUCUAUGCCAAAAUUCAUCUGGCAUGAAAAGCCUGAAACUUCAGUCUAAAAUUGUUUUACCUAGUAUCAGCCUGUGAAAGCCAAGGGGACCUGUAUGGCUUUCUAAUAAACUCAUCGUUUUUGAACUAGUGAGAAUAUUGCCCUUGUUUUGUUUGAGAGAUUCUCUCUAAAUAGUCCUGGAAUUCAUUAUGUCAAUCAGGCUGGCCUUGAACUCACAAGAUAGCCACUUGUCUCUGCUAUCCAAGUGCUGGAAUUAAAGGUGUGUGCUACCUGGCAAAAAUCGUUGUCUUUAAAUGAAUGAGUAGCAUUUUCAGUGGCCUACCUUCACUCCCUUUUAAGAUAACACCAAUGGGUUGGAAGUGAAGAACAGUUUCUAUUUAAGAAAGUUAAGUAAUUAAACACUACAACAGGAAAAACUGGCCAUGUGUAUCUUGUCUCCUUUUAUUCUUAUAUGAGGCCUGACCCUACGUUCUCUUCAUUUCAUGAAAAAAGCCCUGUGAACAACCAGCAUGCCCACUCUUUAAUAAUCAAUAGUCCGCUUCCUGUGUAUUUACCUCACUCCCUCUUCCUUUACUUUGAGCAAAUUCCUUCAUUUCACAUUUUGUGUUUCUUGGACUUUGAAAACCAUGGCAAUGCUUUUCUUUGUGUUGUCAACCUUGGCCUACCUAUGCAUUGUAUUUAUAUGGCUUGUAAACAACAUUUUCUGUUAUUUUGUUUUGAGACAGUCUCAAAAAAGAGAAAUUAUGCAAAUGUUUUCUGUCCUUAAGGUACUUUAAGGAUUUACUUUACAAUGCAAUAUAUAACUUUAUCAUCUUCAAAGUCAAUAUGGACAUCUGAACUUGAAUGCCACAAAAGCUUUAAAGAAUGGUUCUCAACCUUCCUAAUGCUCUGAUGGCCCUUUAGUUCCUCGUGUUGUAGUGACUCCUAAGUAUAAAAUCCUUUUUGUUGCUCCUUUAUAACUAAUUUUGCUACACUUAUGGAUGAAUAUCUGUGUUUUCUGAUGGUCGUAGGCAACUCUUGUGAAAGGGUUGUUUGACACAACCCCUCCAAAGAUAUACCCAACCUAUAGGUUGAGACCUGCUGCUUUAAACAGUAAAAUAUUUAGAACUAUGUAAGAUGAACUUUUUUUUAAAUACCAGUGUUCAGGAGACAGAUGUAGGUGAAUAAAUUCUAGACCACUCUGAUCUAUAUAGUGAAUUUUAGGCCAGCCAAGGUGAUGUAAGGAGUCCCUGUCUCAAAAGACAAAACCCAAUACUUAGAACUUUUAAAUUAUAGUACUUAUUAAAUAAUGAAAAAAAUCUUAAAAUCAUUAAUUUUAUCACCAGUGGGUGAAUGGCGUUCUCCAUAUUUCUUACUAGCCUUGUGAGUGUUGGAAAUUUCCAUAUAGCCAACACAUUUGAGAAGUAUGCCCAUAUUUAUGGUAAAGUUACUUUGAACAAAUUCAUAAAGCCCAACAGAAUGCAAAGCUUUAAGAUUAUUAAUAUCUGUAUGUGUGCUGUUUAACUUAUGACACAGCAACGCUUACGAGUUCAUCAGUCUCAUCAGUAGGACUUUGUGGUGUUCCACUAUUGGUGUACUCUGUCCUCCUCUGCAUCUGGCUUUAUCUGUACAUCCUGUGACUAUGAUCGAACCCAUGCCUCUGACUUAAUGUCAGUUUCUACCCUGUCUUAGUGUCAUCAGUCCUGUUGGCAUUCCAGAAAUUCUCAUUAAUUUUGGAAGUUUUUUUUAAAACUGAGAAGUAUCUUAUAUUUCUUCAAAUGUCAACUUUAAGACAUGAGAUAACUCCAGUUAAGCUUAUCGUCCUCCCUGCAAGUUCAACUCCAGUAAAUGCACAGACAGAGGGAGGAGCUGACAAGGCACUCCUGUGUUCCAGUCAGCCUUUGGAUUACUUGGAAUUUCCACCUGGAAGGUUGCUUCUCCACAGUGAUUUCACAUUACAGGAAGGUUUUCCUUGUUUGUUUCUCAGACCUGGUCCUGUAGACGGGAAGGAGCCUGGACACAGUGACACAGCACAUUCUCAAAGGCCCUGCAGGACCACCAUGGCUUAUGAUGACUCCAUGAAGAAAGAAGAUUGCUUUGAUGGUGAUCACAGCUUUGAGGACAUAGGACUUGCAGCUGGCCGAAGCCAACGAGAAAAGAAGCGGUCUUACAAAGAUUUCUUAAGGGAAGAGGAGGAAGUUGCUGCGCAGGUCAGGAGUUCUUCCAAGAAGAAGUCAAAGGACAGUGAUCUGUUCUUCUUGGGGACGGACACACACAAGAAGAAGAGGAAGCACUCCCCCGAUGAUUUCUACUAUGGAGACAUUUCGACUUUGGAAUCAUCACAGAAGAAAAAGAAGAAAUCUAGUCCACAGUCUCCUGACACAGCAAUGGACCUGUUGAAAGCUAUCACCUCCCCGCUGGCAGCAGGGGCCAAGUCCUCUAAGAAGGCAGGGGAGAAAUCCUGCAGUUCUUCAAGCCAUUCAGAGAGCAGAAAGGAACACCACAAGAAGAAGGGCAACGGCAGCACUGGAGAGCCCUCCCUGGAUGACAGCAAUGCCCACAAACCCAAAAGAAUGAAGCCAUUGUACGUGAACACAGAGACGCUGACUCUCCGAGAGCCUGACGGCUUAAAGAUGAGACUUAUUCUCUCACCAAAGGAGAAGGGGAGCAGCUCAGUGGAGGAGGAGGCUUUUCAGUACCCUGCCCAACAGGCUUCUCUGAAGAAGCCCUCCAAGAAAUUAGCUCGAGAAGAGCAAGGUGCUUUACUCCUAGGACACGAGCUACAGAGCCUCCUAAAAACGGCCCGGAAGAAGCACAAGUCAUCCUCGGACUCGCACUCCUCUCCUGGCCCAGAAGGCUGUGGGUCGGAUGGCUCCCAGCUUCCAGAACCCCACAGUGCCAAUCUCGACAUCACAGGGCUUGACCCAAUCCUAGUGGAGUCAGAGUCGUCCUCAGCUGGGGAGCUGGAGGCCGGGGAGCUGGUGAUAGACGACUCCUACAGGGAGAUCAAGAAGAAGAAGAAGUCAAAAAAGAGCAAGAAGAAGAAGGACAAGGACAGACACAAGGAGAAGCGGCACUCCCGGACCAAGAGGAGCUCUACCAGAGAGCAUGGCACUGCCCGAGAGCACAUGCUGGUAUCCAGCCCUGCCUCCAGUAUCCCCACCCUGCCACUUCCUGCUCUACACACAGACGGACAUGGGGAGAAGAAGAAGAAAAAGGAAGAAAAGGACAGAGAGAGAGAGAGGGGAGAAAAGCCGAAAAAGAAGAACAUGUCUGCCUACCAGGUAUUCUGUAAGGAAUACCGGGUAACCAUUGUGGCUGACCAUCCAGGUAUAGAUUUUGGGGAACUUAGUAAAAAAUUGGCUGAAGUAUGGAAGCAGUUGCCAGAAAAAGACAAACUGAUCUGGAAGCAAAAGGCUCAGUAUCUGCAGCACAAACAGAACAAAGCUGAAGCCACAACUGUGAAAAGAAAAGCGUCCAGUGCAGAAGGCACCAUGAAAGUCAGAGCUUCUUCUGUGGGAAUACUUUCACCCCAAAAGAAGUCCCCACCGACCACAAUGCUUUUGCCAGCCUCACCAGCCAAAGCUCCUGAAACCGAGCCCAUUGAUGUCGCCGCUCAUCUCCAGUUGCUGGGAGAGUCCCUCAGCCUCAUUGGACACCGCCUGCAGGAGACAGAGGGCAUGGUAGCAGUGUCCGGAAGCUUGUCAGUGCUCCUGGACUCCAUUAUCUGUGCUCUUGGCCCUUUGGCAUGCCUGACCACACAACUACCUGAACUGAAUGGCUGUCCUAAACAGGUCUUGUCAAACACGCUGGACAACAUUGCAUACAUCAUGCCCGGACUGUGACCUCCAAGAAGCCUGGGACAGAAGACUGUCUACCCCUUCGUUUAUGUAUAUAUGACUGUUCCAGAUCUUCCACUGACCUCUGGGUGUAGGUUUUAAAUUUUUAUAUCUAUAUAUACAUAUAUAAUGUAUAGUAUAUACAUAGGAUUAUAACUACUUUGCUUUUAAUAAUUUUAUGAAAUGGCAAAGGUUUAGCUAAAAGGAAACUUUGGCAUGAAUGUGGGCUUGGAAUUAUUUUUUUGUGAAAAAAAAUCUGCCUUAAAAAAAUCAGUGUAAUUUGGGGACUAGGGGCUUAUUCUGGGUGCCAUAUGUAUCUCCUUGUAAAAUGCUAAAAUGUGAUUUUUUUUCCAAGCUUGGGUUUGCCUGCAGACCCAUCGCUGACCAUUUGCCUUACCUGUCUUAGAAUCAGAAGUGUAGUGAAGAUCAUGGGAGGAGGCCAGCUGACUACAGACUUUCCAACAUGGGAUAAUCUGGGGGAGGUGGAGCUUAGGUGGACUGAGUAGGGGACUCAUUCCCGUUCCUGCUAAAGAGGUAUCUGUGUCUCCAGUUUUAUUGUACCCACAGUACCACAGAGUCGUGGGCACCAUCUAUAGCCUCAGUGUGUGAUUCUUGGCCACAGAAAAAUAAAUACCUUGGAGAAACCAAAGCUGUUGGUGCCACCUGUUGAACCUGCUUGUCUGGCCAGCAAGGCUUGGUGUACAAAACACAAAGCUGCCGUCUUUCACUGGCGGCAUUGGGUGCCCACCAACUCCCGAGAGAUUCUGCAGCUUAGCUGCCUGGUGGCUCUUGGUUCAGCUCUGGUUCCCCUGGUGGGUACUUUGUGCUCUGCAUUCCACACGGAGCUGGACCACAGAGAAGUCCUUGGUUCUCAGUAGGGUUAUCUAUAUGUGUGUUUGAGUGUAUAUUUUAAUUAUGUGUAUUUAACUCUUUAGAAUUUCUUAGAUUUUAAUUUAUCCUGUAAAUUUCUGUACAUAUAAUUUAAAAACAAGCCUCCAGCAGCAGGAACAUGUGGAGCAUACAGAUUUGUCAUUUCUUAAUGUCUGUCUAAAAGCCUCAAGUCGUCCAUAUGUUUAGGUGUUGUGACUCAGAAAGGAACUUCAUGGCCCUCAAUAAUGUUAGGAAAGUGAAAUAGAAAGGAAUGGCACCAUUCUAACUGCCCUUAUUCCCAAAGAACCAGGCCUGCUUCCCAUCAGAGAGAAGAUAUCUCAACACUCCAGGGUUGUUUGGAAAUGUGGUGAGUUAGCCAAGCUUUCUUCCUCUGGCCUGGAAGAACAUGGCAGCAUCACUGUAAACCUCUGGGGACCAUGUAGCCAGCUGGCAUCCUAGGUAACACCUUCCCAUAGCCCGACUGCUGUCAUGGCCGAGCUUCUCACAGGAGUUCUGGAGGCUCUGUCCCCAUCUCAGCUCAGAGCAGUGCUGAGAUGUAAUCUGAGAAAUGGAGACAGGAACAGGAAUAUGUGGGAACUGAAAUCAAGCAAAGCAGAAAUUUAAAUUUGAGUUAACAUGUCAGAACCUCCUUUGAACCUGCAGAAGUUUGCUGUGAGGAACGGCACCCAGGAGAGGCCAAGGAAGGCAUGUAUCGUUUAGGAAGCAGCCAGUCCUCCAUUGCCCUUGCUACAGACAGUUGUGAACUCCUGAGGAGAACGGGCUUUUUCGUGUUUGUUUUCCUCUGAAGCCUAGCCCUGUUGUAUUUGUAUUAAAGAUUUGUACACAUUUGUAUAAUAAUCUGUACCUUGUGGUAUUUGGUACUAUUAGAGGAAAAACUUUGGAUUCAGGCCUUCUUGCUGUUUUUAUAUCAUUGUUUUAUUUUGUUUUUUAAAUAAAUCCUAGUGGUUUGAUCCAAAUCCUAUUACAGUUGUAUAAAGAAACAAAAUUUUGUACUUAUAUUAAAGAUCUCAUUUUUAAUAUUUAUA